ACAGAUAUGUCAUUCUUGGAGGUCACCGAGAUUCAUGGGUGUUUGGUGGGAUUGACCCUCAGAGUGGAGCAGCUGUUGUUCAUGAAAUUGUGAGGAGCUUUGGAACACUGAAAAAGAAAGGAUGGAGGCCUAGAAGAACAAUUUUGUUUGCAAGCUGGGAUGCAGAAGAAUUUGGUCUUCUUGGUUCUACUGAGUGGGCAGAGGAGAAUUCCAGACUCCUUCAAGAGCGUGGUGUGGCCUAUAUUAAUGCUGAUUCAUCUAUAGAAGGAAACUACACUCUGAGAGUUGACUGUACACCACUGAUGUACAGCUUGGUAUAUAACCUAACAAAAGAGGUAAAAAUGAUUACAUAUAAUUUAAGAAAAUCUAUAUUCUACAAAUGAUGUUUUCUUGAGGUGCCAUUAUUAUGUUACACGUUGGCAUUGUUUUAUAACUAAUUUUUU